UGAUCUCAUGUGCACACAUGCACCAACAAGAUACACCACAGAUAAUUUAUUUGCUAGAGUCUAGAUAUAAAAUGGCCACUAAAGUUAAUUAAAGAGCAGCAGAACCAAGAUUUUCAGACUCAGAGAGCUAGCUGCAAGGCACAGACUUAUUUGCUGGAAUGGCCACUAAAGAGCAGAACCAAGAGCUCACAAUUGAUGAUUUGAAGACAAAAAUGAAACUGACUGAUGAGCAGCUCAAUACAACAAUACAGGAACCAGAUCUACCCGAGUUAGCAGCAUGUUUCGACAAUGUUCACAAAGGCUAUCUUGAAAAACUGGAGCUCUUACCUGGAGAACAAACUGACGUGAGGACUAGAGCAUAUGUAGAUGGCACUCUGGCGGGAAUGUUACUGGCUCUGAAAUGCUGGAUACUGACCAACGGACUAGACGCCACUUUCCAAGCUCUGCUACUCAUCAUACUCUCCCUGCUCAAAGAAGAUGUUGCUGUUCGAGUGUGCAAGUACUUGUCUGACAAAUACUCCACCACCUCGUGUCCCCCCUCCCGAGAGAGGGUCCUGCUGAACCACAAGCUGUCCUUGUACAGGGACUACCUACAAAGUCGCUACAGAGCACAAGUAUCCACAUCAGCCACACAAUGGCCUCCCGUCGCAACGAACAAAGUGUUUAAACUGGCCAUGAUUCAGAAGGAGAAGAUACAGAGAGGAGGAAUCGACGAUGAAUUUGUUAGACUAACAAUGACAGGAAAAAUCGAUGACAUUUUAUUUCAAAAGACUCCAGUUGACUUGACCAACAUUUUCUGUAAAAUUGGAGAUAGGCGUCAGUUUGUGUUGAUUGAAGGAGCUCCCGGCUCUGGCAAGAGCACCCUUGCUCUACACAUUUGUCAGGAGUGGGCAAAGGGGAAACUAUUCCAAGAGUUCGAUAUUGCAAUCCUCGUGAGACUGAGAGAUCCACUUGUUAGAGAAGCCAUUACAAUUUCUAACUUACUUCCCUGCACAAACAAAGCGAUGGCUAAUGAAACAGAGACUGCAAUUAUGUCACUGUAUGGCAAAGGUGUACUGUGGGUGCUAGACGGAUGGGACGAACUUCCUUCUGACCUCCCUAGAGACUCAAUCAUCAACAAACUAAUAAUGCCAGGCAUGUCACAAGAAAGUCCACUACACGAAUCUGCUGUGAUUGCAACAUCUCGGCCUUCAUCUUCGGCUGAGCUCCACCCACUAGUGUCGUCCAGGGUGGAGGUAUUGGGGUUCACUCCAUAUCAACUAGAGCAGUACCUCACCGAGUGUCUGAAAGGUGACUCACAAGCUGUGCAGACUCUACUGGAGAGAAUUCGAGAUAACCCAGUAGUAGAAAGCAGCUGCUACCUCCCCCUCAAUGCUUCCAUUGUCGUUAAUUGCUUCCUUUCUGAUAACCACUCACUCCCCACAUCCAACCACGGGUUAUUCAUAUCAGUUGUCCAGAGCUCUCUCAAGAGAUACCUCCAGGAUAGGUUGGGGAAGACCACUCCAGUGGGAGACAUCACAUCCCCAGACUCACUGCCCUCAGAAAUCAGAACACAGACCGUACAAAUGUGUCAACUUGCAUAUCAUGGGAUUGAGGAAAACAGAGCGACGUUUACUGACAGAGAUUUGGACCUUCUUUCCAUUCCAAAGGACAUUUCCAAGAUUGGAUUAUUGCAAGCUGUUUCCAGUAUCAUUAGCGACGGUCAUCUGGUUUACUACUGCUUUCUCCACCUGUCUAUUCAAGAGCUACUAGCAGCAGUCCAUAUUUCUCUUAUGUCUUCCAAGCAACAGAUUUCUGUGUUUCAGAAGCUGUUUGUUAAUCCUCGAUUCAAUGCAGUCUUCCAAUUUUAUGCUGGUAUCACCAAACUGAGAACUAGUAGACCAAUCCUCAGCAAGCUACCUCGAUUCUUGUGUCCAUUUCCAACAUCUGUUUUUGAUCUGGUCCGAAAGGUUGUAAAGAGUGAGAAAGAGAAAGGAUAUGGUGAGCCGAAAACCCUCUUGUUGUCCAUUGUUCAUUGUCUGUAUGAAGCUGAAGAUUUGUCACUAUAUGCGUUUGUGGAUGUUCUUCUUAAGCACGCGUUGAAUCUUAACCCCACUACAAUGAAUCCUAUUGACUGCCUCUCUGUUGGUUAUUUUGCUUCAGUUUGUUCCAACACCAGUAAUGUAUUCUCGCUGCGUCUCAGAAGUUGCUCUAUUGGUGACCAAGGCUGCAAAUUUCUGGCCCGAGGACUCUCCAAGUGUUCACACUCUCACUCCCAGAUUAGUCUGGAUCUUUGGGGUAACGAUAUUCAUGAAGAAGGAAUACGUCACAUCGCUGAGGUGCUGGAGAACACAAGUUUUAUAUCCAAAUUGAUUUUGUCUAAUAAUGCUAUUGGCAACAGUGGACUUAGCAUACUCUGUGAGGCCUUGUCAACUAACACAUCACUGAAGGAUCUCACUGUCUGUAACUGCUCACUAUCUCUCAACAAUCACGGAGCAAUUCCUCGACUACUGAGCACAAACACUACUCUUCAAUACCUUAAUUUGUCACACAAUGUUAUUGGUAACACUGAACUGAAUAAUCUCUGUGAAUCCUUGUCAACUAAUACAUCAUUAAAGGAUCUGAAUCUCCGUGACUGCUCAUUAUUUCUCGAUAAUCACGGAGCAAUCCCUCGACUAUUGAGCACGAACACUAUUCUUGAACGCCUUUAUUUAUCAGGAAAUUCUAUUGGUAACAGGGAACUGAAGAAUCUAUGCAAAUCCUUGUCAACUAACACACAAUUAAACAGCCUGGAACUGAGCAAUUGCUCGCUAAAAAUAUCGGACAACAAUGGAGCUGCUCUCUAUCAACUUUUGAAUAGAAACAAUUCCCUUGAACAUCUUAAUUUGUCUAUGAACACAGUCACUAGCUGUCGUCACAUUGCUGCUGGACUUGCAGUCAAUAAGACUCUGAGAUUUUUGGACUUGAACACGUGUAAACUGACUGAUCUGAGUAUCGAGGAACUAUCAACUGGACUAAUCAGCAAGAUUGAAAAACUGUACAUCGACGGCAAUGACUCAAUAACAGUAUACGGAAUAAAGAUGCUUGCCAGAUAUCUAACCACCCACUGCUCUGAACUAAAAUCUUUGUUCAUGCCAUAUCACCUAAGAUCCUGUAUCGAGUCAGUAUUCCGGGAGACUAACAAAGAGAGGAAGAGAAAUGGGUUUCCUGAGAUCGAUUUCCUUAAUUGAUGACCAAUCGUGAUAUAAUUGGGGUGAGCAAAGCGAGUCGAUUCCUAUAGUGCUCAACAUGCAUAUAUAUAUAUUAAUAGCAAUUUUGUCAUGUAUGUCUCCUCAUUGGACCAGCACAAUAAUUAUUUGUUUUUUACUUGUAACCCUUUACCAAGUUUUAUGAAUUGCUUCACAUGCAUGGGCUAUAUAUAGAUCUAUAUAAUAAUUUUA